GCCGUCGAAAGCCUGCUGGUUGGGGAAAGUUAUUCGCUGUCGCUCCACCUCGACACAUUCCAAGUGCAAGACUUCAACGCCUAGGAGCGAUGAGCGAGGUGGCCAAAGAAUCCGUUCAGCCAAGUAUCGUUCUGUUGGUAAGCGGGAAAAGGAAAUGUGGCAAGGACCACCUUUCUGAUGCGCUCCUAAAGCGGCUCGGGCACAACCGUGCGCAAAUCCUACGAAUCUCGGAACCGAUCAAACGGUACUGGGCCACGCAAAAGGGGCUGAACCUGGACGAGCUGCUCAGUGACGGUGCUUACAAAGAGAACUACAGGAAGGAGAUGAUUGUAUGGAGCGACGAACAGCGCCACGAGGACUAUGGGGUGUUUUGCCGGGAGGCUUGUCGCACGAUGAAUCGCGAAAUCUGCAUCGUCAGUGAUGUGCGCCGCCGAACGGAUGUACGGUUUUUCCGCGAAACCUUCAAACCCAGUCGCGUCAGGACGAUAAGGAUCGAGGCCAGUGACGCCACACGGUUAGGGCGCGGCUGGCGGUUCGAGGCGGGUGUUGACGACGUGCCUUCGGAAUGCGAUCUGGAUGAUUUCGACGAGUGGGAUCUGCGCAUUGACAACAACGGUCAGGAUGAUAUAGAAACUAUACUAGAGCGAUUGGUCGCCCUCACGAACGGUUAGCACUCUUAAAAAGGUUCAUGCUAUACAAGAUCAGGGUUAAGGUUUGGUUGAG